AGCAUUUGAUCUAAUUAAAGAGUCGGUGUUUGUUGUUCGUAAAAGAUAUAUUCUGUAAAAUUUGCAUUUAUAAGGCAACCAAAUUAGCCACGAAACCUCGGUUACGCUCAUCCUCACGACUCUCUUGUUAGCUGCGACUGCGAUGAUCAAAUUCUCAACUUUCGAAAUUGCGAAACAAUAGUCAGAGUGUGACCCUUCACUCCAUGGCGAUCUCUCUUCUUCCCAGACCCUUCAUCUCGCUCCGUACAAGCAAAAGCUUCAACCUUUCACCCAGGGUUCUCUCCCUUAGGCUAUCAUGUUCUUCGAAUAUUCCAGAGAAGAGAUCAUUCGCUGUUGCAACCGGUGAGAAGUUCAUCGGACUCGCCUCGAGGCUUUUGAAGAGGUCCAAUCAACGGACGCCUGAGGUCGAUGAUGAAGGAGAUAGAAUAGGAGGAACAGUAAUCGAAGAUGAGGUUGAUCCAGCGAUGAUAUGGGAACAAAGGGUUAAAGACGUAGAGGCUGAGAAAGAGAGGAGGGUCAUUACUACAAGCCCUGGUUUUAGCUUCUCUGCCGCUGGUCUCUUGUUCCCUUAUCAUCUUGGUGUUGCUCAGCUUCUCAUCGAGAAGGGUUACAUCAAGGACACUACUCCUUUGGCAGGAGCUUCUGCUGGUGCUGUAGUCUGUGCUGUGAUAACCUCAGGAUCCUCUAUGUGGGAAGCCCUUGAAGCUACCAAGGUUCUUGCUGAUGAUUGUCGACGCAAUGGCACCGCUUUUCGUCUUGGGGCUGUCCUCAGAGAGUCUAUGGAGAAAUUACUCCCGGAUGAUAUUCAUACUAGGUGUAAUGGCAGAGUUCGUGUUGCCGUCACACAGGUGUUAUGGAGACCUAGAGGUUUACUGGUGGAUCAAUUCGACUCCAAAAGUGACCUUAUAAAUGCUGUUUUUACAUCUUCCUUUAUUCCAGGAUAUCUUGCACCAAGGCCUGUAACAAUGUUCCGUAAUCGAGUUUGUGUUGAUGGAGGUUUGACAUUGUUUAUGCCACCAACUGCUGCUACUAAAACAGUUCGGGUUUGUGCGUUUUCCGCUAGUAGCUUCAAACUAAAGGGUAUUGGGAUCAGCCCAGAUUGCAACCCUCUAAACAGGGCAACCGCAAGACAGCUAUUGCAAUGGGCAUUGGAGCCAGCAGAGGACGAGGUGUUGGAUAAGUUGUUUGAGCUAGGAUACGCGGAUGCAGCUACGUGGUCUGAGAUGAAUCCAGUGGAGGAACUGGUCUACGAUGAUACUCCUGCAGCUCAAGGGAUUCAAGCUAGUUAGUAAAUACAAGAACUCAGUACUUAAUUUGUUUUAACUAAAAACAGUAUGUUUAUUAAUAGUUUUCCCACAAGGAGAGACUUUUGUACUCAAAACAAAAUCCAAUGGUAGAUAGGAGUUCAACGUUUCUUUUA